AUGGCGGAGCAAAAGCCUCACGAAAGCCCCAAAGGAGAACCAGAAGUGAAUAGUGCUGCCCAGACCGUGGAUGGAGCUGAGGAAGAUGACAACAACGGUGUCACAGAGAUCGAGAGUUUGUGUAUGAAUUGUCAUGACGACGGAAUAACCAAACUCAAAAUCCUUCGAAUUCCCUUCUUCCGCGAAGUCCUGCUCGAGUCAUUCUUCUGCGAAGGCUGUGGUUUUAAAAAUAGCACCAUCAAGUCUGCUGGCGAAAUCCAAGAGCAGGGUUCCAAGUUCACGUUCAGAGUAGAGUCUGAAGCAGACUUCCAAAGACAAGUGGUCAAGAACGACUCUGCAAUAUUCAGGAUUGAAGAUUUGGACCUUGAGAUGCCAUCUGGUCAUGGUCAGUUGACAAAUAUUGAAGGGAUAAUGAGCAAGAUCCUUGUGGAACUCGAAGCAGAUCAGCCGCAGCGAAAGAAGAAUAAUAUUCCGCUAUACGAAGCACUUGAUGCAGUCAUUUCAAAACUGAAGAAAAUGAUGCAUGGAAGCGCAUUUCCAUUCUCUAUCUCCUUAGAUGACCCGUCCGGCAACUCCUUGGUCGAACCCUCCACUUCCGACAGAGGCACAAAAUACAUCCGCACCGACUAUCCUCGUACACACGCACAGAACGUUCAUCUUGGACUAGCCACUGACGAGGAAGACAAUGGUGCCGCCGAAGCGUCAGACGCGCUAGAUGGCGUUGACAUAGUGGACGGCCAGAUCUACGAAAUCCCAUCGCUCUGUCCCGGCUGUUCAAAAGAUUGUACUAUAAACAUAAAAAAAGUAAACAUUCCCCAUUUCAAAGAAGUCAUCAUCAUGAGCACAGUCUGUGAGCACUGCGGCUACACCACCCGAGAAGUCAAGACUGGGGGCGAGAUACCUGAAAAAGGCCAGAAGAUCACCCUCCGCGUAGAGAACACUGCAGAUCUAUCCCGUGACAUCCUCAAAUCCGAAACUGCUGCUCUGAAGAGCCCCGAGCUCGGCCUCGAAGUCCAGCCCGGCACUCUAGGCGGCAGAUUCACGACUGUCGAAGGUCUCCUCACCCAAGUCCGUGAUCAAUUACACGGCCAGAUCUUCGAUAUCGAGAGCCGCAACGGCGGAAGUGGCGGCAAAGCACAGUUGGGAUGCAUUCUUCACGAAGCUGGAUCAGGCUAUCCAGGCUGA